GUUAAGACUUAAGCCCUAAAGGACUAAACCCUGUGCCCGGAAUCAGAGAGAGAGAGAGAGAGAGAAGCGGGGGAGAGCUGAAGGGAGAGAAAAGGAGAGAACGGCACAAUUAGAGAAGAGAAUAUGACGCUUGCUCUCACCACUUCCGCGAAACUUCCCUUUGGUUUUGAACCUAGGGUAUUAAUCAACUACAGUAAGAGGGACCUACUUUGUCAUUGCAGGUUCACAGGAAGGGCAAGAUCCCUUUAUAGGCUGGUUCCGAUAGCAUGCUCAAUAAAGGCUUCAACUGGUAAACAUAUUGAUUAUCUGACCAAGUUUUCAUCUUACUUGCACAAUUUGGCAGGCCAAAUUUUGGAUGCCUCUCCACAAGCCAUAAAAGAAUUCCCCUGGGAGAAAGCAAAAUUGAUGGUUGAGGAGCGCCUUCUUGUUGUUGGAAAGAACGCACUUACAUCGUCCCUUAUUGCGCUGCUUAUUUUCAGUUCAGUGUAUGAUGCCCUCAUGGCAGUUUUUGCUGGCAGAGAGCUCUUGGUUCCGUUGGGUCUAUUCAUAGGUGUACUUCUGGCAGACUUAUUGAAUGAAUUCUGUCAAGAGCUCUUUGAAAGCAAUGUAAAGGGUGGAAAUAAUAUGAAAGAAGUUUGGGGCAUUGGAUUAUUUUUUGCUACUCUGAGAUUCAUUUAUUUGAGGUUCAGAAUACCAGGGUGGGUGCUUUUCUGCCACAUUGGUAAUGGUGGAUUGAUGCAAAUCUUAUGGCUGGCAAAAGAGAUGAAACAAGCUAAAAUUAUUCAGAAUAAGGAAGAAGUGGAUGCCCUGCAACUUACCGGAGACUGAAUUGCAGCUCAUCGCAUGUAAGCAAAACGAGUUGGCUUAUAUUUCUUGUUUGUUGUUGAAAGCUCUCUUGGGCAUGGAAUAUAGCAAUUUGUAGAACAAAUGAAUUACUUCUGAGGGAUUCCAUUUGAUAUAAUAUUUAUUGUGUGUACUCCCAAAAUCAUAACCGAGUUAUAUCUAUUAUUAUAUCUCAACACAAAGUUUAUUUC